AACCAUUCAUGUUGCGUCGACUUAAAAGUGACGUGGGUUUGGAAGUUCCGCCAAAGAAAGAGGUUAUCGUCUAUACUCCAAUCACUGAAUUGCAGCACGAUUUGUAUACAGCCAUCUUGAACAGAGAUCUACAGACUUUGAGUAAAAUAGAAGAGCAAGAUCUUAUUAUACCAGAAGUCAACGGACCAAGGCCGAAGAGGAACUGCGUCACGCAGAAGUUGAAUAUGAAUGGUGAAUCCUCAUCGACUAGCAUAUCCUCAGAAUAUAGCGAUGACAAUAGUAAUCAUUUAUACCUUGCAAGACGGGCCUUAUGCAACUCAGCGUGAGGGGACCUACAAAGUUUAUACACUGAAUCCGAACAGUGUUGGGCGAAAUCCGUAUAAAUACUCACUUAAGUUUUCAUAUGAAAACCCAUUGGUGAAUGCCGCUGGAAGCUGGGCGCGAACCUCCAACCUUUCGGUCGUGAAUCCGCUACCCUAACCACUGAGCUACGGCCGCCGCCUGUAUAGGAGACCGUCUCGAGGAAGAAUGAGCGCUCCGAGUCCGGGCCCUGCCUCAAGCGCUCCUCCCACCAUCCGCCUGCUCACUCGCCGAGUUGCGCGCAGAACUUGCGUGCACACAUUUUUGAGCAACUUCCAGUACUUCUAAAUAUGCUUGGCCUGAAUUCUCGAUUUCUAACAAGGGAAGGUUCUUAGGUGUUCAGCGCCGGUAGGGUU